CACAUAUAUAAUUCGACUUCAUCCACUUAAACAGAGUCCAUUAACAAUAUUUUGCCCAGACUAGUCCACGUACGCAUCGUCUGUGCACUCCUCUUGGCGAAGCAAUUCAGAGCCGAAAUCGCCGCAUCCUAAUCUCUUUCAGCCCAGACAAUUUUCGCUCCGAAUAAUAGUGGGCCCACCCAGCACGUCAUCCCGAUUAAAGGAGCGACUCUUUUUUUCUCUCUCCCUUUAAAAUAACUUUCGAGGCGUUGACUAAGAAAAUAUUUUCACUUUUUCAAGGACGUCAUUACUCACGCGACGGUUGAAUUGCAUCAAACGACGUUAUCGACGUAGGGAACUGAACUGCAAGCAAGAAAAGUCACUUCGGCAUUUCCUCCGAAAUUUUGGAAAUCUCGGUCAAUAUGCCCGACUCUGGUAGCGAUAACCCCGAAGCUGGGCCAAAGGGAGAGCCCAAGAGCCCUGUUGCCAGCAGAUUCACGACGGAGAUCGAUCCGCGAUGGGGCGAUAUUCUGUUGCUCAUUUGCUUCUUCGUGGCUGGUCUCGUUGACAGCGCUGCGUUCAACAUGUAUGGCUGUUUCGUCAGUAUGCAGACAGGAAACACAAUCUUUGUUGGUCUAGGCGUCAGUCAUCAGCCUGAGAACCUUCCCGGAAAGGCCUGGUCUCGCUGUUUUCUCGCUAUUGUUUGCUUCGCCAUUGGAGCUCUCUUCUUCUCCAGCUUCCACCGAUUUUUCGGGCCUCAGAAGCGCUGGGUUCUUAUCACUUCAUUCCUUAUCCAGGCUCUUCUCACUGGUCUGGUAGCUAUCCUCGCUACAACCGGUGCUGUUUAUAAUCACCCUCAUGGACGGGAAACAAGACACCAAGAUGGCUGGAUUAUCGAGAGAGUUCAGGACUCGUUCCCAGCAACUGACUACGCCGCUAUCAUCAUCCUCGCUUUCCAGAGCGCAGGCCAGAUUGUCGCUAGUCGUGUCCUCAAGUACAACGCCAUGCCGACUAUUGUCCUCACAAGUUUGUACUGCGACAUGAUGAGCGACGCCAAGCUCUUCACUGCGCCUAUCAACGACAAUGCCGAUCGAAACCGAAGAGCUACUGGAGCCGUGCUUCUGUUUGCUGGUGCUGUUUCCGGUGGUUUCUUGUCCAAGUCAUGGGUCGGAUUUGCUGGAGCUCUCUGGAUCGCUGCGUUCCUUAAGCUAUGCAUCACUUUUGCCUGGGUCCUCUGGAAGCCAAAGUCCUCCAGCAAGUAAACGGAAUGUGAUCCGAGACGGACGAAAACAGGUUGAACUAUGGUUUGCGUCUUUAUGGCGCGUUUAGGUGUUAGCGUUGAUAUCCAAUAUCUAGAUGAAAGUUAGAUGGCUAGAGGUUUAUAGAAUAGAAUAGUAAUUAAUUGCAGAUUU